CGGCUCGGCUCGACCAUGCAGGCCAUGCUGCUCAGCGCUGGGCUGGCCCUGCUUGGGGCACUGCAUGCCCAGGGCAUUCCCAUCCAAGCCGACUUCCAGCAGGACAAGCUCACAGGGAGAUGGUACAGCAUCGCGGCCUCCGACUCUAACUGGUUCAAGGAGAAGAGGCACCUAAUGAAGAUGUGCACCACUAUCAUCUCCACCACCGCAGAUGGAAACCUGGAAGUCACUUCCACCUACCCCAAGGGUGACCAGUGCGUGACGAGGAACAGCCUUUACACCAAGACGGAGCAGCCGGGGCGGUUCAGCUACACCAGCACCCGCUGGGGCAGCAAGCACGACAUCCGUGUGGUGGAGACCAACUACGAGGAGUACGCCUUGGUGGCCACCCAGAUCUCCAAGAGCACCGGCCCCUCCACCAUGGUGCUGCUCUACAGCCGGACCAAGGAGCUGAGUCCUGAGCGCCUGGAGAGGUUCACCCAGUUCUCCAGGGAGCAGGGCCUGACAGACGAUGAGAUCCUCAUCCUGCCCCAGACAGACAAAUGCAUGACAGAUGCUGCCUAGGUGAUCCCACCAGCUGCUGCCGGCCAGAGCCCUGACAGCGCCGCAAGCUGGUGACCACCCUGUCCCGUCCCAACCCCAGUGCACCCCACAGCACUGCAAGCAGCCUUCACUCCCUGGCUUCACACCCCACACCUGUACCCCCAUCCCCAUUAAAGCCCACAUAAAACCAA